AUGGCUGAAACAUCGAUCAUAUUCCAAAUGAACACGUACGUAUCUUUCAGAGAUCAUCAGUCAAACGCCGCCUAUUACUUGGAGCAAGAUCCAGUGCAUGUGAAAUUGUAUGGAGGACAACGUCCACAGUAUCCAUAUCAUGGACAGCGUAGUGAUUGGUUGAAAGAAUGUCUCGAUAACGAGUCUGGUUCGUUGAAUCGUUUGCUUAUUGCCGAAGCGGCCAAUUCAACAAAUUUCCUAUGUGCAAUCAUUUUAUGCGUCUCAACUUCCAAUAACGACACUCAAGUUUCAGUGAGUCGUGAUACAAACUUCCGACGUCAAACGUUCUGUGAAGGUGCUGCUGCAAGUGGAUCACGGCGUUCAUCGCAUACAAGUGAACCGUGCGAUGAGAUAGCAAACGAGAUCACAAGUAGUAGUGAUGUGUUGUGCGAUGAUCCGCGAGAUAAUGAACGAUUAAAGCAGCAAUUUGAUGUCACGUCUUCAAUGAUCAAUCAACGCCAAGAAUCAACUGAUGAAAGUUCUUCGAUAGUUUCGACGAGUCAACAGCGAUCGUCGGAUGACAGCAACGACAGCCCAAGCGAUGAGAGCAGCAGUUCGGGGAUUUCGCAUGGUAUCAUUAUUGACGCGGCUCGUCAAACUUCUCUGGAAUGUCAGAGUGCUUCUACCGAAACCUCCAAAUCACCCUCACCAGCGCACCAAGUUAGUGGUGGACUCGGCGGCGUCGGAUCCUCUCAAACUCAUCCUCCGAGUGGUAGCGAACAAGCGUCAACGUCAGCUGCUAAUCGCAAUUCCGAUUCCAGCAGUCCUUACUAUAAAUUGAACAGGUGUGCACACCACUCAUAG